GCUUGAUGAAACCCCAACUAUUAUAGUAAAUGGUCAAGAAAUCGAUUUAACUCUCCGUUCAAUACAACUUGGAACAGAAUUUGUUCUUGGGACACUUGCACGUGUAAAGGAAAACAAUAAUCUUUCAUCUUGGCUUGAAAUGCUAAAAACACGAUUUCAAACGCAUUUACCUGCAUGCCAAUGGUUCAUUAACAGGAUCAUCGAACAUAGUCCAAAUUAUUUGCAACAAAUCCUUAUGUCAUGCUAUGUGCAAGAUGUUAGGGAGCAAAUAGUUGACUUAAUAAUUUUUGUUCUGAAAACGCUUCGUAAUGGCAAUUUGGAAGCUUAUGGUUUGGAGCUUAUCAUCGAUGACAUUGACAUUUCUGAUUCAACUAUGAAU